UAGAGGAUUUGCGUUUGAGGCAUUGAAGACUAUUUUAAACAGAACUUGUUGUUAAUAAAAAGCUGUAUAUAGAAUAAUCAUGCCGAUGAAAGGAAGAUUCCCUAUCAGGAGAACGUUAGAGUAUCUACAGAAAGGAGAGGUGGUGUUCAAAAACAGCGUGAAGAUCAUGACUGUGAAUUACAACACGCAUGGAGAACUGAGCGAUGGUGCAAGAAAGUUCGUGUUCUUCACUAUUCCACAAAUCCAGUACAAAAAUCCUUGGCUUCAAGUUAUGAUGUUUAAAAACAUGACUCCAUCACCCUUUCUUCGAUUCUACCUUGAUGAUGGAGAGCAGGUGUUGGUGGAUGUCGAAGGAAAGGACUAUAAAUCUAUAACCCAACAUGUAAAAACGAUUCUGGGUAAAUCAGACAAAGUUCUUCAAGCUGAGGCUUUGGCCAAGAUGGAGUCUUCGAAUCCAGCAAACUUCGGGCCCAAAAAGUACUUCCUGCGCGAGUGUAUCAGCGAAGUAGAGGGUCAGGCUCCUCACCCGGGCCGUGUGCCCCUGCCAAAAGAGAUGACUGGCAAAUACAGGACCAAAAUGGCUGCAAGCUCUGAGGAUUAGAGACUGUGAGUAGAGGAAAAAAGGACUUCUGUUUCAUCAUCGGUCAAUUCCGUGCCUAAAUGGACUGCAGUCAGGAUGAGUGAAAAUACCAGUGUGGUCGUUUCUGUCUAUUACAUUAACGGGACCUGGAAGUGGAAAUGAUUUGGUAUUCGCAGCCAGGGCAUGUUUACUUUUCUUAUGUAAACUAAAGAACACAUUUUGUUUGAUUACUACUGUUUAUUCUGUAAUCUAUGAUAAUGAGCAAUAUCUGUAUGCAAUAAAGAUACAUUUGUUCACCGUAGAA